AUGGACGCCGGAUUGGUUGGCUCCUUUGUGGCCAAUGUAGGAGUUGGUGGAGCACUUGAUCAUUCUGGAUCAGCGCACGGUUCGGUUCCUUCUGGUAGUGCUAUUUCUGACAGACCAAGUAACAGGUUCCUUCCAACUCUUUCAAGCCCACAAGCCUUGUUACCCCAGGCAUGGAGUGCGACGAGUGGCCAAAGUGCGGGCACACUUAUGCGGACGGGCUCGAUGUUGCAUACACAUGGACAAGGAGAACGAAACUCUGGGAAUAUGGCUGAGAGACUAGGUAAGUAA